CGGAGGAGUAGAGCAGCAUGUGCGUAUACUCGAGCUCAGGAGCAAUAUAACGUAUAUGUAAGAGAUGUAUGUGGAAGGGAAAGAGGUGGGUUACUGGCGGACAAGCUUAGCCAAGCAGUGGUUUGUUAUCUCCCAGCGCAAUGUGGCCAAAUGAUCUCUGAACCCACAUUGAGCAACACGAGGAGCAAAAGCAGCAAGAGGGAGAGAGGGAGGGAGAGAGACGUCAAAUGUAGUGUGAAACAAAGGCAGGGCUGAAGCCGGUGCUUAGAGAAAGAGAAAGGGUGAGGUAGUGAGACGAGAGAGCUGUGGAAAUAUGUCUGUGUAAAGAGGGGGGCAGUGGAGGAAAGGGAACUUUUGGAGUGUAGAUUUUUGGGGAGGAGUAUGAGAGAUUUGAGAGUGCGACAGAGGGAGGGUCAGCAGAGGCAAGGUUCUGCUUCAGAGGGAUUGUGGUGACAGCCAGUACGAGGCAACGGGCACCCAUGUGAGACCCCAAAGAAUUAAAGAAUACAAAAGAUCGACUGAAGGAUCAGGAGGAGAAACAGCCAGAUUUAAAGCUGGACUUCAGCAUGGGCGUGAAGAGCAAGGCUGCCCUGGCCAUCGUAGUCUUACUGCUCUUCCUUGGCUCUCUUUGGCUACAAGGCGGCCUGGACUACCACUGGGAUUCUUGUAUUAAGGGCUAUAAUCAUGUGAAUAAGCUCCACCAUCUGUACAACAGCAGUGAGGCCACAGUGCUGGAUGGCCCUGUGGUCAUCGAGGUGUGUCCUGGACAGAAGUUCCAGGUGUCUCUGUUGCUGUCCCACCUGCAGGCUGGGCCCACCGACCCCUCUGAUGUCUUACUGGAGCCCUAUCUCGCCAGCUGGGAUGAACUGGUCAAAUUUAUGGAAGCUCUGGGACCAAUGGUGGGACUGAUUUCCAAAGAAGUAGAAACAAAGACUUCUAUUAUCCGUCAGUUGGCCAGUUCACCAGAGGACAAUCCUGAGGCUGAGCUGAACCCUGAGAUUCUUCCCAUGAAGACAGGAUCAGAGCAGAAGCCCCCCACUCACACCCCCGCAUACCGCUCAGUGCGCUCUAUGAUCCGCGUGGAGCUGGAGAAGGACAUGGUGGACUUCCAUCAGCAGACAGACUCAGGCUGUAGGACUUUGCUGCGCCUCCACCGAGCACUGCUCUGGCUCAAGCUCUUCCUAGCGAAACUGGCUGACACCCCAGUGACAGGUCGCCUGAGGAGCCCCUCGGACCUGUGCCGCGAGGCAUACCAAAAAAGUCUGGCCAAUCACCACACCUGGUUUGUGCGGCGGGCGGCGGAGCUGGCCUUCAUCGCCAUGCCUGAGCGUAACUUCUUCUUCAGGCUGGUGUGUGCGCAGGACCAGGUGGAGCUCAGCUUCGUGCUCACUAAAGUGGUCCAUGCUCUGGAAGAGGUCUACAACAGAACGCAGAUCGCACUGGAAGAACAUGGUAUGCUGGACUUACCUUAAGAACAACCAUUUUUCAUGUGCCAUAUGUUUACUAAGUGCUGCAACAAUCAAUGAGAGCCACUUUGCCUUGAGAGAGAUGUUCCUCUUCAGUCGCUGGGAUAAUAAGGUGGUCAUGUUAUGUUUUACCAUGAAGAUGCACUUAAAGGCAGCUGAUUAUGAACUGUCUGAAAGCACUGUGUAGACAUGCAUAUUGUAAAGAGGGCUUAGGGCUUGGUCAAAAGGGUCCAGAGCAAAAUCAUGAGGUUCCAUAGUGCAAAAUACCUAAGCUCCACUUUGACCCACAUUAUGAGGACCACAAGUUCUGUGUUUUGGGGCACUGUACUUGACACACAUAAGUGUACCUUCUUAAUGUAAAAGAGGUUGUUUGGGCCAUAUUUUCUGAAAGCAGUAUUAACAUAUUUCACACUUUGUCAAGGGAGCCUAAAAGAGAUAAAUUAUUACUAUUUAUCUAAAUUUAAAAUGCUGUUAAAAUAAGAGCAUCUUAUGUAAAGGAGUAUGCUACCUCAAGAAAAGGUUUUGUUACCUUAUAAUGGCCUACUACAUUUACAAUUAAUAUACUGUAGAAUAAUUAUGUAUUAGCUGUAAAUUUUACAGAGAGAGAGAGAAACUUUAAUUGUAAUGUGCUAUCUGAGUUUUGAUAUUU